GCGACAAAAGGCUUCUGAUUUAACCACGCUGUGCUUUGCUAGCAUACCUAAAACCGAAACAUUGGAGCUCUUUAGACCAAUCUUGUGUAUAUUACUCUUAGUGUUUUCAACAUAAUUCUGUUUACAUAUCUAUUGGUUCAUUUAAACGUAAUUUGCUUGUUAAAUUAGCAAAUGUGUUACAUUGAUACUGCACUAGGCUAAUCUCCCGGAGCAUAAACUCACUAAUCUAGACGGAGAAAGAAACUGGUGAAAGGAGGCAAAGAAGCUUGAAGAAUGAAUAAGGAGGCUAUCACAUUGAAACAAGAGGAUGAUAUUACAGUGAAAGAGGAAUAUGGGAACGAGGUUGUCAAAGUGGAAAAAGAGGUAGAAGCUUUCAGAAUCAAAAAGGAGGAAGAUGCCGUAAAAUUGAAAGAGGAGGAAGACCCUUUUGGAGUAAAAGAGGAGGAUAUCUCAAUAAAAGAGGAAGACGUUUUGGGAGUGAAAAAUGAGACUGAAGAUCCGAUUACCACCAGAGACAGACAUGACUAUUGUGGAUCCUCUGGGGAGCCUCAACAACAUCCUGAUGCUGAUGAAGUAGAGAAGAGUCUCUCCAGAUCAGAACACCAGAUGGACAACGCUAGCCCCUCCUCCCUCCCGGAGUCCCCGUUUCGUGCCUCUCCCGGUAGUACCUUACUGAUGGGUAGGAAGAGGUUGUCUGUGCUGCUGGUGGACUGCAGGAAAACAACGGGGCUGAGUGGAACUGUGAGAGGAGGAGAAGAGAAGAAAGGAUCAGAUUUGACUCAUCAAAAAAUUGACCAACAGAGUGACACAGAAGGAAUGGAUGAGGACUCUGCGAGUGACCAGAGUUUUGAUCCCAGCGAUUCUGAUUGGGAGCCCAUACUGCCAAGGUGCAAAUCCCCCACUGAAGCUGGUCCAUCUGCCCGGCCAUCAAGAGGUGUGGAGCCGGUGACAAAGAAGCGGAGGAAGGAAAGUGUGGAACCUGCUGGCAGUGCGGAGGAGGGUCGUUGGCACUCUGUGCUGGAGGAGGAUGUGGCCCCACCGCCUCCAAUUUUCAGACCAAAGAGGCCACCAGGUCCUCAGCUGGCCAUGACCUCUAAGUACAGCCCCAUGCAACUUUUUCAGCUGUUUUUCACCUCGGCAGUUGUUGAUUCCCUGGUGUUGAACACUAAUAAGUACGGAGCUAAGAAGCAGGAAGGCAAGAAAGAGACAUGGAAGCCCAUUUCCAGGUCAGAUCUUUUUUGUUUCAUGUCUAUGGUCAUGUACAUGGGUGUUGUGAAGCUAAAAACCCUGAAGGACUACUGGAAAACUGCUCCCCUCUAUCAACUGCCUUUCCCAUCCACUGUCAUAUCAUGCAAAAGGUUUCUGACAAUCUCAGGGGCGCUUCAUAUCAGUGACCCAGAAGUUGAUAAGGACAACGAGACGAAGCGAGGCACGGCGAGGUUUGAUAAGCUCUGCAAAAUUAAACCUCUCUACCUCGACAUCAUUGAGGCCUGCAAAACCUAUUUUCAGCCUGCCCAGAACCUUUCCAUAGAUGAGAGGAUGGUAGCCUCAAAGGCCAGAAAUGGCCUAAAACACUACAUGCAUAACAAACCGACUAAAUGGGGUUACAAACUGUUUGUUUUGGCCGAUUCUGCGUGUGCAUACACAUGCAAUUUUUUUAUCUAUGAGGGGAAGAACAGUUGUGCGACCGGUAAGAGACUUAGCUAUGACUCCGUUAUGCAGUUAUUAGAUUUUCAGCUGCUAGGGAAGGGCUACAAACUGUUUGUGAAUAACUUUUACACAAGCCCUACCCUGUUCACAGACCUGAGGAAGCUGGAGAUGUGGGCCUGUGGCACCAUUCAGACCAACAGAGUGGGCUUUCCGAAAACCAGGGUGAACGACAUGCCUAAGCAGGCUGAGCGGGGUACCAUGAGAUGGAUCCGUGAAGAUGGCCUGCUGUUUGUGAAGUGGAUGGACACCAGAGAGGUGGCACUGUGCUCCACUAUCCACAAGUCCUUCAGUGGUGAUCACGUCGUCAGGCGUGUGAAGGACGCUACAGGGGCAUGGACCACCAAAAAUGUCCCCAUUCCUGCAGCCAUCAAGGACUACAACAAGAGCAUGGGAGGUGUGGACCUGUCAGAUGCGCUGAUAGGAUACUACAAUGUUCUCCACAAGACAAUGAAAUGGUACAAGACAUUUUUCUAUCAUUUCAUUGACAUUGCUGUGGUGAAUGCCUUCAUCCUCCAGAAGGAAAUGGCUAAGAGCUGUGGACAGCCCCCCAUCUCACAGCUAGCCUUCAGAGAGCUGCUCAUCCAGGAGCUUGCUAGCUACAGCAAGUCCACUGUAGCACCUUCUGUCCCCUCUACGUCUGUCCCCUCUGCUCCAACUAGUAGUGUUCACCUGCCCAGAUUCAUCUCUGCAGACAUGAAUGUGCCUCGGGGCAAAAAGGGCACAGUAGGGAGACGUUAUUGUUUUCUGUGUCACAUGAAAUGCCCCAUUAUCUGCACCAGCUGUUCAGUAACCCUCUGCUUUACAGCAGAAAGAGACUGCUAUUGGGCAUGGCAUCAGAAGAACAAUAUUGUGUAGAGGACUGAGGGUCUUCACAAUAUUGUACAUUAUACAUUGAAUGUGCGUAAAUAGUUACCCUUGUUAUUUGACAUUUUUUCAAAUGUUCAUAUUUUUGGGGGGGGGGGUAUGUUAGAAUGGCAUUCAAGUGUUUUGUAUAUAGUAAUUUACUUCAAAAUGUAUCAUUGUACCAAUUCGGCCACUUGGGUACAUUUGGGCAACAUGUGUGGGACACCUAGGUGACUAUAUACUCAAUGUCAUGUAGCUCACUCAUUCCUGAAGAUAUCUUUCUGAAACUUUUUUCAAAUACUGUUGCCAUCUUAUGUUCUCCAUUCAAACCACCCCCAGCAUCCUAUCUGUAUGUUUGGAUGUUCUUGUUUCAGUUGAAAGAUGAUGCAGCAACAAUAAAAACAGAAAACGUAUGUUUA